GUAACCAAUCCUUAUUGUCGAGCGUCAAAGGUCGGUUGCGACUCGUGUCAGCCAUGCAUACGUGCGGGCAACGCGCUGGAAGCCGUAGCCAAUACGUUUGGACGGAGGUCGGCAAUCGUCGAUAGUCGCUCGGGGGAUUUUGGUGCGCAUCAGGCAGGGAUCACAGCAGCCAGGGUGGUGGUGACCUUGCAGGACGAGAUGCUGGACGUCUGCAUCACGUGCCCCCAUGCAUCUUGGGUCGAAGGGACCACCCACAGGGCAGCGCUUCCAGGCCUCGAGGCGCUGGAGAUGGAUGGCUUCGGGCUGCUGGAGCACUAG